AUGGGAACCACAGAGGCAACCGAUGACUCUUGUGCAUCUAUUUCUCUGGCCCAGCUGACAGAGACUGUCAAUCUGGCUGAAGCCAAUGCUUCGGAGGAAGAUAAAAUCAAAGCGAUGAUGUUGCAAUGUGGCCGUGAAUACGACCCAAUCGGUUCCGUGAAGAAACCUCUGGGUCCACCACCUCCGUCUUAUACCUGUUUUCGUUGUGGUGUCCCUGGUCAUCAUAUUAAGAGUUGCCCAACAAACGGGGAUAAGAACUUUGAAUGUGGCCGGAGAAUCAGAAGGAGCACUGGAAUUCCUACCAGUUUUCUGACUGAGGUGAAAGAUGCUCACACGAAGGGUGCAAUGCUCACGAGCACUGGAAAAUACGCAAUCCCAACCCUAGAUGCAGAGGCCUAUGGGAUCGGGAAGAAAGAGAAGCCACCCUUCUUACCAGAUGAACAGUCGUCGUUGUCGUCAUCUUCAUCAUCAUCUUCACCAGAAGAAGAAAAUCCUGUUCCGGAGGAGCUCCUGUGCCUCAUCUGCAAGGACAUCAUGGUGGAUGCUGCUAUCAUCCCCUGCUGUGGAAACAGUUACUGUGACGAAUGCAUUAGGACAGCACUCCUGGAAUCAGAUGAACAUAGGUGUCCAACAUGUCGUCAGAACGAUGUUUCUCCGGAUGCUUUAACUGCCAACCAGUGUCUAAGACAGGCUGUUAAGAACUUCGGAAAUGGAACUGGCUAUACCAAAGGACCUGGCAAACGCUUCCCUCCACCCCCACCCCCAAUACCACCACCGAGACCGCUGAUUCAGAGGAGCCGGCAGCCUCUGGUGGGAACUCGGGUAGGGAGACAGCAGGAUCCUCUGCGGAUCCCAGUGACAUCUUCCUCAGCACUCCCAGCUCCCUCUGUAUCUUUGUUAAUUUCAAGUCCGCCCCCCUUGGCUCCCUCUUUGCCUGGAACUGCAUCCUCUGUCCCAGCUCCGGUACCUGAUUUGACGGCCACAGUGUCCGUAGCAGUCCAUUCGGAAAAGUCAGAUGGCCCUUUGCGGGAUUCGGCUGAUCAAUUAUCGCCAGCUGCAGCGGUGGAACCAGAACAUUCCAAGGGAGCCUCCUGGGUUGCAACUGCUGCUCUUACUGAGGAAAAGGGUCACGAGGUGCCUGUCCUUGCAACUCCGUCUCGCUUGGCACAGUCAUCAUUGCAGGGCCAGGGGAUCCCCACAACUGGUCCGGUCAGCCAAAAUGCUGCUGCUCCUGCAGGUGGUGGACCACCAGGUUGGGGACAUUUCAGGGAGCUUGGCUACCCGGUUCCUCCACCACAGCCAGUCAGAAGAGGGGAAGGAAGUUGUUACAGGAGCACAGAGCGCCACAGGCCACAGCACAGCCCAAGAUCCCAGAGGGCUCAAGGCCCAUCCCUGGCAGCAACUCCAGUCUCUGUGCCCCUUCCUCCAGGUGUCCCUCCCCCACACUUCUCUCCUGGCUUCCCUCCUGAGCAGCCCCCGACUUCAGGAUAUAGUGUCCCUUGCCCAGGGUUUCCACCAGCUCCUGCCACUCUAUGGAAACCUUUGGUAUGGUCGUCAGGAGUGCAGACUGCUCACCCAAACCCCAUGCCUCCAACACCAACACGGCUUUUGUCCAGGGAAGAAUUCUAUAGAGAGCAACGACGACUGAGGGAAGAGGAGAAGAAGAAGUCCAGGCUAGAUGAGUUCACCAAUGGCUUUCUUGAGGCGUUGUCGGGGUGUGAAAAGAUUCAGAGGAAGCCAGGGCACUCCUUUUCCAGGUCUAAAUCUCCCUGGACUGGUUCAUCGGAUUCCAGAAGUCCCUUUGCUUCUUCCUCAAAGUCAAGAUCUGGCUCCACACGGUCAAGCUCUUCCUCUGGAUCCUGCAGCCGCCCACACUCUGGCUUCUCUUCACCAUCACCUCGGUACCCCAGGAGAGGCAGAGGCGAGAGCCGUCCUCACGGUUCAGGGGCCAGGUCUCGACGAUGUCAUGGAUCUAGGUCAAGGUCCCCUCCACACAGACGUUAUCGUUCACGCUCAAGAUCUCCUCAGAGAAGGUCCACUCCCUGUGACAUCCAAACCUAUUAAGGGCAGAGCGUUUUCGUCGA